AUGAAUGCACUUGCAGCUACCAACAGGAACUUUAAGUUGGCUUCCAGGCUUUUGGGAUUGGAUUCCAAGCUUGAGAAAAGUUUACUCAUUCCAUUUAGAGAGAUCAAGGUUGAAUGUACCAUCCCUAAAGACGACGGCACGUUGCAGUCAUACAUUGGGUUCCGGGUUCAACAUGACAAUGCUAGAGGCCCUAUGAAAGGAGGGAUCAGAUACCAUCCCGAGGUUGAUCCAGAUGAAGUGAAUGCUUUAGCACAGCUAAUGACAUGGAAAACAGCUGUAGCAAACAUACCUUAUGGUGGUGCAAAAGGAGGGAUAGGGUGUAACCCUUCAGAACUAAGUAUAUCUGAGUUAGAAAGACUUACCAGAGUUUUUACUCAGAAAAUUCAUGAUCUGAUUGGAACUCACAUGGAUGUGCCUGCACCUGAUAUGGGAACAGGACCACAGACCAUGGCAUGGAUACUUGAUGAAUAUUCCAAAUUUCACGGAUACUCACCUGCAGUUGUGACAGGAAAGCCAAUAGAUCUUGGUGGAUCUCUAGGUAGAGAUGCAGCUACAGGAAGAGGAGUCCUCUUUGCAACAGAGGCUUUACUGAAUGAAUACGGAAAAACUGUAUCUGGACAACGGUUUGUUAUUCAGGGUUUUGGUAAUGUAGGGUCUUGGGCUGCACAAUUGAUUGAUGAGAAAGGUGGAAAAAUUGUUGCAGUGAGUGACAUAACCGGAGCCAUAAAGAACAGCAAAGGUAUUGACAUUCCAAGCCUACUCAAGCAUACCAAGGAGACCAGGGGAGUAAAAGGAUUUCAUGGCGCUGAUUCAAUUGAUUCAAACUCAAUAUUGCUAGAAGACUGUGAUGUUCUAAUACCAGCCGCUCUUGGGGGUGUCAUCAACAGGGAAAAUGCAAAUGAAAUCAAGGCAAAAUUUAUAGUAGAAGCAGCCAAUCACCCAACUGAUCCAGAGGCUGAUGAAAUUCUAAAGAAAAAGGGUGUUGUGAUCCUCCCUGACAUAUAUGCAAAUUCAGGAGGUGUUACUGUUAGUUACUUUGAAUGGGUUCAGAACAUACAAGGGUUCAUGUGGGAUGAGGAGAAAGUGAACAAUGAACUAAAAAACUACAUGACCAAGGGAUUCAAAGAUGUGAAAGACAUGUGCAAAACUCAUGAAUGUGAUCUUCGAAUGGGAGCAUUCAGUCUAGGAGUUAACCGUGUGGCGAGGGCUACUGUCCUUAGGGGUUGGGAAGCAUGA